CUCAGGUGAUCUGCUCACCUCGGCCUCCCAAAGUGCUGGGAUUACAGGCGUGAGCCACUGUGCCCUGCCUGAAAUGAAUUUCUGAUCCAUGGAAGAAUAGCUAGCUCAUUGACGGGAGAUGAGGGGUUUGGGACAAAUAAGUGAGAACCAUCGUCAUUUCACAAAGGAGGAAAUGGAGUUAAGAAGUUAAAUGACCUGCCCAAGGUACUGGCCUUGAACUCUGGUGUUCUCCCUGGGAGUCUGGGUUACCUAUUAAAUACCCCACUAGAACACUGCUGGGAAGGGCGAGUGGCGAUGACCCCAUGAGCAUAGAGUUUUGAAGAGGGACGAAGCAGGAAGCAGUUGUACCACGCAAUCCAGUUGAGUGGCAGAUUAUCAACAGUGCACCCCCAAAUAAAGCUGACAAACACUGGAGUGCUCCCUUCAUUUGGGACUAAAGGGCUAAAGGGCCAAGAAGGGGAAUCCCCACCCUAGGUGUGCAGAUGCAGGAAUUCUGAGGGCCUGAUUGGCUUUGGCUGGUCCCAAAGUGGGUGAGUGACUGGUCAGCAGGUGGCGUGGGCACAGAAGUGAUGCUUUCUUGGGAAGAAGAAAAGGACAGCUAACCGCCUUUUCAAAGCUCGGGCCUGAGAGGAGGUAGCGGGGAGGGGAUAAAACUACAACUCCCAGAAGUCUUUGCUCCCAGGCGAGGCAGGGGAUGGUUUCCAUGGUUUCAGAAAACAAUAUGGCCGCUCCCAGCUGGGACGUGAGUCUCUGGAUUAGGCAGGCAGAGGCAGUUACGGGCUUCUGCAGUGGCAAGAAAGGAAGUGCCUGAAGGGUCGUGAGGCUGGGGCUGGACCCGGCACCGCUGUGGCGGCCAGGCCUUGAGGACGCCAAUGGCGAGCAGCGUGGACGAGGAGGCGCUGCACCAGCUGUACCUGUGGGUAGACAACAUACCUCUGUCCCGGCCCAAGCGAAACCUCUCCCGGGACUUUAGUGAUGGAGUCCUAGUUGCAGAGGUCAUCAAGUUUUACUUCCCCAAGAUGGUGGAGAUGCACAAUUAUGUCCCCGCCAACUCUCUCCAGCAGAAACUCAGCAACUGGGGUCAUCUGAACAGGAAGGUGCUGAAGAGGCUGAACUUUUCAGUACCGGAUGACGUGAUGCGCAAGAUCGCAGAGUGCGCCCCAGGUGUGGUGGAGCUGGUGCUUAUACCGCUGAGGCAGCGCCUGGAGGAGAGGCAGAGGCGCAGGAAGCAGGGCACUGGCUCCUUACAGGAGCUGGCUCCCCAGGAUGGCAGUGGCUACAUGGAUGUGGGUUUAUCCCAGAAGGCCCGAGGUGAAGGUGCCCUGGACCCCCAGGGAGAGGGUCAGCUCAGCGGGGUACGGCCUCCGGCGCCUCGGCCUCCGGCGUAUAACCAGGCGUUGCAGGGCGACCCGAGCUUCGUCCUCCAGAUCGCUGAAAAGGAGCAGGAGCUGUUGGCCUCGCAGGAGACCGUGCAGGUCCUGCAGAUGAAGGUAAGGCGCCUGGAGCACCUGCUCCAGCUCAAGAACGUGCGGAUCGAAGACCUCUCCCGGCGGCUCCAGCAGGCGGAGCGGAAGCAGCGGUGAGCGGCUGCCCGGGCCGCGCGGGGACGCUCCGGUACCCGCCAGAGCCCCGACUCCGCGCCCGACCCACCCACCGAUGGACAGACCACUGGGAGGGCGGAGCCCGCUGCUCUCAGGAGCCUCUUGGGGCCCGAGUGCCCUCCUUCCUUGGGAUGGGUGAGCGUGGGAGGAGGUGGGACAGGAACUCUGGGAGCGGAGGCCCGGGACUGAGCCGCCUCCUCCCACUCCAUCCGGGUCAGGAGAAUGGACCGCUUUCCAGAGCCCAGAAGCCACGUGCAGAGACCUAGCCUGCCCCCCAAAGCAGUGUCCAACACCUCGGGCCCGGCCUUACAGCCCCCCGCGCUGGGCCUGGGGGGGCGGUCCCGUGGCUCUGUCCACACCCCCAGAAUCAGGUACCCGCGCAGCUCCGAGGACGGCUGCGUCUCCACCCGGGCUAGUUCCCCAUGCCCUCAGCCAUGGGGGAAUCUGCCCUGGGUCGCUGAGGGGCUCCCCUGCCCCUCCUGGGAGCUUACCUGGGACCCACCUCGGCGAUGGAGACCGCAGCAGCUGGAGAGGAAAGGGUGAGGAGUGGGAUCGCCAGGAGGAGGGAGGACAUCAACGAUGUGCCUGUAGCAGUCGCCCCUCCCUCCUCGCACACGGGGUACUGAGGGGGAAGGUUUGAAGGAUAAGGCUCAGGGCUGCCCCAUUAAAGUUAGUGUUCUGUUCUA